AUGUUAAUGCAUCCGACGAAUGGGAUUGGGGAAGACAUCCCCGUCCUUCCCAUAGUUGGAAUUGCAGGUCUCGGGAAGACAGCACUUGCAAAGUUAGUAUUCAACGAUGACAGGAUCGAUGAGCAUUUCCAACUGAAAAUAUGGUCACCACACACACGUAGCAACCGUGUUGCUACAAUCACAGGCACACUGCCUGCAUACAACUUAAAAAGUCUUCCUUUCGAGGAAUCAUUGUCUUUGUUUCUUAAUCUUGCCUUUAAAAAAGGCAAUGAGAAACAACAUUUGAACCUCGUAAAAAUUGGGGAGGAAAUUGUUAAAAAAUGCGAAGGGGUUCCUUUAGCUUUGAGGACGCUUGCCAGCCAACUUUGCUUUAAAACCGCAGAAGAUGAAUGGAAAAAACUUAGAGAUGAUGAAAUAUGGGAGUUUGAGCAAAAAGGAAAGGGUAUUUUACCAGCACUAAGACUAAGCUAUGAUCAAUUGCCUUCAUAUUUGAAGCAAUGUUUCGCUUCUUGUUCUGUCUUUCCAAAGGACUAUAACAUUGCCAAUAUUCAGUUGGUUUCAUUUUGGGUGGCACUUGGUCUUCUUAAAUCCUCCAGGGAGAAUGAAGUGCUAGAGAAUGUUGGAAAACAAUACUUGAGAGAGUUGCAGGAAAGAUCUUUCUUUCAAGAUUUCCAAGAAACACCUUUUGUGAUUAGAUUCAAAAUGCAUGAUCUUUUACAUGAUUUUGCACUGUGGCUGGCGAAAGAUGAAUGCUCUAUGUUGAAAUCAUCUAGCCGAUAUUUGAGCAAAACAAUUAGACAUAUGUCAAUUGUCGACCCAAAGAUAUUGGAGGGAGGUGCUCCCAGUGGGCUCUUGGAUAAUGCGGGUCAUGUUCGAACAUUGUUCUUUCAACAUAUGGAAAACUCUAAUAGUGUCAUUUAUCAAAAAAUUUGUCUCAAAGUGUCCUCAGCUACGUGUGCUAGAUUUAUGUGA